GCAAAAUCUUAGUCAAUCUCGGGAAAACUUUUUUAAAAGCACUGACACAUACUCUCUACUCUCUCCAUGCUUGGAUAAGAAAAUGGCUUUUAUUUCAUUCCUGUUGGUUUAGGAAUAUUUUUUUAUCAAGUACUGUGAACUUUGUUAUCCAAACCAAUUUUUUUUAUUAUUUUUAAGUGUAUGCUUCUAAUUCUGGUUGGCAGAUCUUCUUAGACAAAUUAGAAUCCACAGAACUCAGGUCUGCCAACUAGGCAUGAUCUGCUCUGGACUUUAGAAGACUGUCUCAUGCUGAUCUACUGUAGCUUCUGUUUUAGGAAAUGAUGUUGCCUCACCCUGGUUACUUUAGGAAGGGUUGGCUUUUUAUGGUGCCCCCAACAACUUUAUUUUAUCGAAUUUACCCAGUGUGAGUAUUUUUUUCAGCCAAAAUUUCUUGAACUGAAGAAAUUGGGAGUAGGUUGAUGGGACAUUUGGCUGGUUGGUUGGAGUUCAAUGGGCUACAGUAGACCUUCCUCACUUCUUACUACAUGCAGCCACAGGUCAGAUAAUUGCUAUCCUUGCUUUAAACAAUGAGUUGCAUCACAUUUCUCAUAUUCAAGCAUCAUGCACACAGAGACACUUAUGUACAUGUAUAAAGAGAGAAAUACAUGGUCAUAGCACAGUCACCUCAUUCUGUAAUGCAAUGUUGCAAGAGAAAGAACUGGCCUUAUCUGUAACUAUUCAGCCCAAUGCUUUGUCUGCUAGGGAACAUCUGGAAAGCAAUUUCCCACAAUUUUGGCCAGACAACUCAUCAAUGCUAAAAUUAUGACAAUUUUUAGAAGUUCAUCCCACAGCAUUGCUGAACUGGAUGAAUAAGUGACAGACAAUGACAAAGGGAAAUUAUUUCCUUCCUGCAAGGGCAAAUUGAGUUGUACACUGGUCUGCAACCUAAAUUAUAUUCAGCUACACGAUGAUGGGAUUUUCGGGUCUCCAGCUAAGAUGCUUAAUAUUAACAGGCCUUUUUAUGUCUGGAGAAAUACACUCAUCUCCAGUGUCUGUAAGUCCUUACUUCGCAGACAACGCAAGAGGGAGCUCAGAAGAGGUGGUGCUAACACAAGGAAUGUCUCUCAGAAUAACUGCUUUCUGUGCCUAUCAAUAUUUACAAGGAGACAAGAUAUGGUGCAAAGAAACAGAGCAGAAGGAAUGCGAUCUUAACAAAUCUUUCAGCCUUUCAGAAUGGAAGUUUCUAUCUACUAUACCCAACCAAAAGAUCACAUUGGAGAGUCCAAGAAAUGGAUGCCUUUCUCUGUUCAUGACUGCUCUUGAAGUAGAAGAUUCAGGGACAUACUGGUUUGGACUUCUUGAUGGCUUGAAGAUGAUCUCUUCGAAGAAAAUUAAAGUGGUGGUUCAUGAAAAUCCUCUGGUGCCUACAAUGAUAUUCUCACCUCCAACCUCUAUGACUCCUUCCUCUGAAAGUCCUAACAAGUCAGGAAGGAGAUUACAAGAAGUGAUCAAGGUGCAAGGAGAAUCCCUCAUCAUGAAAGCUUUCUGUUCCCAACAACAUCAAUCAAAGAAGAUCUGGUGCAAAGGAGAUAUACUAAAGGAAUGUGAUCUUGACAAACCCGUAGGCAUCUCAGCAACAGGAUGGCAAUAUCUGACUCCUAAACCAAACCAAAAAGUUAUAUUAUUGGAUUCAGGAAAUGGCUGCAGUUAUUUUUUCAUAUCUGAUCUUCACAUGGACGAUUCAGGGAUAUAUUGGUUUGGGAUACUUGAGGAUCUGAAUAUUAUCCCUUUAAGAAAAUUCAAAGUGAUCGUUCAAAAGAGACAGAAAAAUAAUGGCAUUGUGGCAGUAACAAGUGAAGAUUAUCAAAGGCCAGAACCAAGCGUGACAAUUCCCAUCUCUUCUGAACCACAAGUUUACCAAGUUAUCUUGGUUCUGGGCUCCAUUGUGGUUGGCAUAACAAUUAUUGCAGCUCUCAUAUUAGUUGUCACGAUGCUCCUCAAAAGGAAAAUGAGAGCAGCUGAGGAGCUGAAUUUUGGUGAUGACCCAAACUGUAGAGUAAUAACAUUACAGAUCCAUGACGUCCAAGCUGCCAGACACUCUUCAAGCAAAGAAAUUAAUGCAAUAUAUGCCAUACCAAACAAGCCCAAAACAAGGAUAGAAGACGUCACAUAUGUCAACACAAAAUUUCCACAGAGGUCAAACAUCAUCAAACAUCACAGUGAACCACAUUGUGUGCUUCCAUCUCCUGGAUCUGUAGAGUAUGCAAACAUCAUAUUUGGAUCUAGAAUUCCACAUAUCAGGGACUAAAGACAGAGUGAAUCCUCUUUUAUAAAUUCCAGGGCUUAUUUGCUGAAAUGUGUGAGGUGAGUUUCUGUUUUAGAGAUAAAAUGAACAUUUGAGAUAUUCUAGCUUCUGUGUAGUGCUAUAUUGAUAUGAAGAGCUGCUAGGCUAAUCUGAAAGCCUGCAGGUCCACUAUCUUGAAUCAGUAUGUGAGCCAGUUUAUAUUAAGAAGUGCUUCUUAUCUCUAUGAAUUGGCCCUACCUUCAGGCAAAGCAAAGCAAUGCAUAAUGUCCUGCCAUUCUCGACCCUGGGCAUGCCUUUGUUGAAGGCCAGAACUGUCAUAAAGUCAGAUUUUCACCCCCUAAAUUAACUCACUGUCCUCAGGUCUUACUGAGGACAGUCCUAUUAACAAAACUGAAUAUAAUUGUUAGCCCAGCAUUUGUACAAAGAAUGCAUACUUGCAGAAUUCAGGUUUGGAAAGGGACCUUAGGUACUAUAUUUAAGCUUUGUAUUAUAGCUGUGCCUACUAAAGUUGAACAGAAGAGCUGUAUGUUAAAGCAUAAAACUAUAACAAAGGCAUCACCAGAAAUAAAAUCUAAUGUGAAAA